AUGCAUAAUAUCAAUGAUAGAGUGGUGGUGAAUGAUGUGGAAGGAACUAUUAAAUAUAUAGGCCCUACCCAGUUUCAGCCCGGUGAAUGGAUUGGUGUUGAGCUGGAUCGACCGGUGGGCAAGAACGAUGGGUUUGUCGCAGGAGUCAGGUAUUUCCAGGCACGAGAUAACCACGGUAUCUUCGUUCGUCCUGCAAUGUUGCAACCGUCAAACUCGGGCGACGUUCGUCUAAAGGCCAUCAUCAGAUCUCUGGAAGACAAGGUGUUGAAACUACGGUCGGAUAUGAACGACCUUACAGCUCAAUUGAAAUCAUCAAAAAGUGCUGUGGUCUCCUUAGAGGAAUCAUUGGAGCGAGAGAUCAUGGAAAAAAUGACACUAUCUGACCGGUUGGCUGACUUGCAAAACAAGACAAAAGAAAUUCCGGUCAACUCAAUCAGGCGUGGAGAUGUCGACAGCGAUCAAAUAGAGCAUUAUGUCAAGGAGCUCGACAAGUUACAAAAACUCAAUGACCAGCUUCAAAGCAAAGUGUCGUCUCUAGCUGACGCGGAGGUUAUUAUUGAGUCGUUAACAGUUCAAAAUGCUGACUUGACAGACGAGCUGUCAAGGUGCAAGGUUGCCAUAAAAGAGCUGGAAAGCCUGUUGGAACUUGAUAAAGAUCUGGAGCAAAGCCAUAUAGAGAUAGAAAAUGAAUUGCGAACUGAGAUAAAGCAGGCACAAGAAAAGCUUGAGCAAGAUCAAGCUCGCAUCAAAAACCUCGAGACCAAAGUUGUGGAGCUCAAUCAAGUACUUCUGCAGAACCACUCAGAACCAGGAAAGUCCGGUGUUUCGAAAGAACCGACCGAAAAACUGCUUUCUCAAUUAAAGCACCACGACUCUCAAAUAUUGCAACUUAAACAUCAGCUGGAAAUUCAACAGGUGUUACAUAGGGCAGAAGGUUUGGCUUUAAAUGAGUACUCAAACAUUCUUUCAAGAUCUGAAGGAGGCUCAGAGAACUUACAGAAGAUGGCCCAAGUUGUGAGACUCAAAACCUUGUGCCACCAAUUCGAAGAUCAUUAUAUCAGUCAGCUGGGUGAGGUUGCAAGUAUUGAUGACUAUUUCUACCAAUCGCAAUGCCUUCGGGAUGCCUUUGCAUUAGGAGCUUUUGCCAUAGAAGCUGGUUGUAUAAUAAAGAUUUGCGAAUAUUACAGAGAGGUUCCAGCUGCUCUUGUGCCAAAAGUUUCUGGGUUUUUGGAAAGGUUUGACAAAAUGCUCGAGGCACAUGAGUAUCAAGAAGAUUUCAUAAUUCCAUUUAAGGGGGCUGUGAAAAACAGGGAGGAGGUGCUCAUGCACAUGCUGCUGGCUGUCCAUAAAUUGGAGUACUGUCUCCUAUUGAGUGGUCUACUACAGGACGGAUUGUCAUUGAAUGGGACAAAGUAUGGGUUUAGUGAAGUGAAAGCGCCUAUUGAGGAUAUGAUGGGGCAGCUCGACGGCCAUAUCCGUGCACUGGAAACCCUAGAGAAAAAUAAGCAAGGGCUUAUAAAUGGGCCUGAUAUUCGAUUCGGAACUAUAGAUGAUCUUUUUGCUGCUCUUUGCGAUCUGGAUAGAAAGAUUAGAGCAGGAGAGCGGAUCACUGUGUUUGGGGAGCUGGUGAAAAUAUCCUCAACUAAGCUAGACUUCCCUGAACUCGAGAGUAUUGGAAUACCUGCAGCCACCAGCUGGUUCACUAGACAAGGAGAGGUCCAGAAUGAUACUGUGAGCAAAGAACAGGCCCAGACUAUUGAGGAACUUCAAAUGAAGAUCUCAGUGCUACAAGCGAGAUUGAGUAAGCACCAAACAGAAGAAUUGCAACUUACACAGCUGUCCAAGUCUCUUGAAAGGAUGCAGUUAGAAAACCAAAAAUUAAAUAAAGAAUACAUGGGAGCACAGGAGAACUACAAAGCAGUUUUGAAACAGCUUGAUGAGACAACCAAAAAGCUGCAGCUCUACGGAGACGAUAAAUCUCGUGGUGUCUACGAAGAGUUCAUGAAACUGGACAAAAUUGAACUCAUAAAUGAAAUUUCGAGUCUGAGAGCAUUAGUAGCCAAGCUUGAUACCUCCAGAACCAUCCAAAACUGCGACCCGCAAUUUGCCUGUAACUUUUUACCUGACAUUCGUCCAAUAAAGUGGGACUUGAGUACCAGCAUCGACGAUAUGGUGAGCGCCGAUGAGCUGUCUGCUAACAUUGAACACUUUCAGAUUCCAAAAAUCACAAACGAUAACUCAAAUGCAUUAAAAAGCUACACCAAAAUGCUCAACAUUCUGAUGGGAUGA